AUGACUCGUCGGUGUUCGCAUUGUAGCAACAAUGGUCACAAUUCUCGCACGUGUCCGACUCGUGGGGGUGGCACGUGCGGUGGAACCGGCGUCGGAGGAGGAUCUUCUUCCUCCUCCGCCGUGAAGCUGUUCGGCGUCAGGUUAACGGAUGGGUCGAUUAUUAAAAAGAGUGCGAGUAUGGGUAAUCUCUCGGCAUUGGCCGUUGCGGCGGCGGCCGCGCACCACCGUUUAUCUCCGUCGUCUCCUCUCGCGACGUCUAAUCACAACGAUUCGCCGUUAUCGGAUCACGCACGAUACUCCAAUCAACAUAACGAAGGGUACUUAUCCGAUGAUCCAGCUCAUUGUUCUGGGUCUAUUCACCGUCGUGGAGAGAGGAAGAGAGGAGUUCCAUGGACUGAGGAGGAACACAGACUAUUCUUAGUGGGACUUCAGAAGCUAGGGAAAGGAGAUUGGCGAGGCAUUUCAAGAAACUUUGUAACUUCAAGAACUCCAACACAAGUGGCUAGUCACGCUCAAAAGUAUUUCAUCCGCCAUACUUGUUCUAGCCGCAGGAAGAGACGCUCUAGUCUCUUCGACAUGGUUACAGAUGAAAUGGUAACUGAUUCAUCGCCAACACAAGAAGAUCAAACCUUAAACCAUUCCUCUCCAAGCAAGGAACCUGAAAGCAAAACCUACCUUCCUUCACUAGAGCUCUCACUCAACAAUACCACUGAGUGUGAAGCGGUUGCAGCCACUGCGCCGCCACCACAGGAAAAACCAGAAGAAGCCAUUGAACCAUCGAACGGGGUUUCGCCAAUGCUAGUCCCAGGCGGCUUCUUUCCUCCUUGUUUUCCAGUCACUUACACAAUUUGGCUCCCUGCAACUUCCACUUCACUUCAGGGAACAGAAGCUGAGACUUCUCCUCAGCAGCAUCAGGUGCUAAGACCAAAACCUGGCUUUCCUAAAGAGCGUGUAAACAUGGACGAGCUUGUUGGUAUGUCUCAGCUUAGCAUUGGAAUGGCGAUAAGACAUGAAACUGAAACUUCACCUUCUCCGUCUCCGCUCUCCUUGAAACUAGUAGGAGAGCCCUCACGGCCAUCGGCGUUUCACUCUAAUGCCUCGGUUAAUGGUUCGGAUUUGAGUAAAGGCAACAGCGCUAUUCAGGCAAUAUGA